AUGGUGAUAAAGAGAAUAUUCCGACAUUCACUCAACCCUCCGCAAUACGACACAUCAGAUGAUGAAUGUGAUGAUGGUGAUACUAAUUGCGAAUUAUGUGCAUCAAUGAAUUGUCCGUCUUUCUCUCCAAGGCAUUACGCUAAACUUAAAAAUGAGACGUAUGAUGACUGGCAAAAAACAGCUAUAAUUGCGAUGGAGACAGCUGCAGUACGGGAACGAAAUGCAGCUAUAGCGGAAGGGCGCGUAAAAAACGGCAUUGCUUGCUAG